CGCCGCCAAUUGGCCGUGUAAAGAAAUUCAAGUUCAAGUGCUUCCAUCGGCUUGGACAAACCCCACAAACCCAAGUUCACAGUGGGAUUGAAGUAAAGAGACUGGAUUUCCUAAUUUGAAUGUCUGAUAUCCCAGACAUCUCUCACGACGCUGUACCUACGUAUUGCGCCAUUCUUCCAUCACCGGAACUCUUAUCUCCCACCAUGACAGUCAACCACUAUUCCCCACCACAGAUUACCCAGGAGCUGUUGGACUAUGCCGACCUCCCAAUAAUUGACCUAUCCAAGCCGCCGCAUCCAGAUGACGUACGCGAAGCUAUGCAGACCCAUGGAUUCUUCUACGUUGUUGGUCAUGGAUUAUCACUGGCUGAGAAUCAGCGAAUCUUUGACAUUGCCGACCUUCCAUUCUCUAACGUUAGUGAUGAAGAAAAACGGCAGUACGAGGCAACGAUUCAGCAGACCGGAUCCUACCAGGGGUAUAAGCUUCGGAAGUACUGGCACCUCGACAACGGUGUACAAGACGAAGUUGAGACGUACAACAUUAAUCGAGAUAUAACGAAACGUCAACAUCCCGAAGCCGUGCGACCUUACCUUGCAGAAAUUGAAGCAUUUGCACGACAUAACCACCUAAAUGUUCUUCAUCCCAUUUUACGGUUCCGUAUCCUUUUCUGUCUUCACCUAGCAUCCGAGUCUUACUUGCUUGAAAACCAAGCCUCCUUGCACUGGGCCUCCGUCUUCCAGAAGAUGCACUUGUGGAUAUACACAGAUAUUCUUCUGUUGGGGAAACUUACGGUGAGACGUUUGCUUCUCCGUUCAAUCCAUUCAUGGACGACCUUUGCAUUCAUUAGUGCGGUUCAUGAAAUAGUUAAGCACCUCCAACUUAAUACCCCUCACAAAAUGCACUCAUUUGACUUUAGUUAUCCUCAUUCCGCCGAGGACGAGGGAAAGACGAAAAGCGUCUGGCUCAAAGGACACACUGAUUUCGGCUCGAUCACCAUCCUGUAUAGCCAGCCCGUGUCGGCGUUACAGAUACUCACACCCUCGGGGGAAUGGAAGUGGGUGAAACACAUUGAAAACGCAUUGGUCAUCAACGCCGGAGACUCUCUUGAGUUCUUGUCAGGAGGCGCAUAUCGUUCGACGAUCCAUCGGGUCGUACAACCUCCCAAAGACCAACGAGGAUACCCUCGCCUCUGUGUAUUCUAUUUUUGCAUGCCCGACGAUAAUGUAAAGCUCCUCCCUCUGAUCGGUGACAAAGCCUGCCGAUCUGUGGAUGCGGACGCGCCGACGAUGGAAGAUUGGCGUAAGGGAAGGACGGCAGCAUAUGGGAAAAGCCAGUUUAAGAAGGCGGAGGGAGAGGAGAGAAUCGAAGAAGAAGUUAUUCAUGGCGUUGUGGUCAAGCAUUAUAAUUGAUCCAAGAUGUAUCAAAAAUUGUACAAUAUAGGUCGUUCCAGCUUGAUUACGCGCCAUCAACUCCUUCACCAAGAU